AUGUCGACGCCUGAGCCAGCCGAACCAUUCGCCAAGGGUACCUUUGCUACCGCCAAGCAAGCUUGGGGUGACCUCUUCCGGUGGAAGCAGAGAGUGGUCGUCACCAACGAAUUCGGUGAAGAACGCACAGAAUGGCAGGCUCCAGAGCCACUCAGGAACCCAAUCAGCCUCUUUGCACAGCUCAGUCUCCGCGAUUGGAUCUUCUUCUCAGUCGGUUUCAUCGCGUGGACAGCGGACGCUUUUGACUUCCAUGCACUGUCUAUCCAGACAAAGAAGUUGGCCGACUACUACGAUGAAUCCAAGACGAAUGUCACGACGGCAAUCACUUUGACUCUACUUCUUCGCUCGGUCGGCGCUGCUUUCUUUGGCCUUGCUGGAGACAAGUUCGGAAGGAAAUGGCCCAUGGUCAUCAACAUGAUUGUGUUGGGUGUUCUGCAGAUCGCUACAAUCUACAGUUCAACCUUCCAGCAAUUCCUUGCUGUGCGCAGUCUGUUUGGUCUUUUCAUGGGCGGCGUAUACGGUAAUGCUAUUGCCAUGGCAUUGGAGAACUGUCCUACCAAUGCAAGAGGUCUCAUGAGCGGAAUACUCCAACAAGGCUACUCAUUCGGCUACGUCCUUGCCGCAUGUGCCAACCUCGGCGUCGGCGGAGGAGUUAAUACAUGGAAGACAGUAUUCUGGGUCGCAGCCGGCCUCAGUAUCGGCGUCGGAAUCAUCCGCUGCUUCUUCCCCGAAUCACAACAAUUCAUAGAUGCCAAGAAAGCCGGCAAAAAGUCCACUUCUCCCGGAGCUUUCUGGAAGGAGACAAAGACCAUGCUAGCCCAAGAGUGGAAGCUCUGUCUCUACUGCGUCGUGCUCAUGACCUGGUUCAACUACUACAGCCACACGAGCCAGGACAGCUACACUACGUUCAUGAUGACGCAGAAAGAGCUGGAGAACGGACCCGCGAGCCGCGCCAGUAUCUUGAUGAAAGUGGGCGCUUGCGUCGGCGGGACCAUCAUCGGAUACCUUUCCCAAUUCUUCGGCCGGCGCCGCGCCAUCAUCGUCGCGGCCCUCAUCAGUGGCUGCCUGAUCCCCGCCUGGAUCCUUCCAGAGGGCGAGCGCAACCUCUCCGCCACGGGCUUCUUCAUGCAGUUCUUCGUCCAGGGCGCAUGGGGCGUUAUCCCCAUCCACCUGAACGAGCUCUCGCCGCCUGCCUUCCGCUCUAGUUUCCCAGGUCUGACGUACCAGCUCGGCAACAUGAUUUCCUCGCCCUCUGCGCAGAUCGUCAACGCCAUCGCAGAGAACACAAUGAUCACGCUAGACAACGGCGACAAGGUCCCAGCAUACGGUCCCACAAUGGGCAUUGCCACGGCUAUCAUCGCGCUUGGGAUUGCCGUGACGACGGCUUUUGGGCCCGAGAAACGCGGCAGGCAGUUUGAGCUGACGAAGCCGGCUGGUGCGAAUGUCAUGUCCGAGAAGGAGAAGGACCUUGAGGAGGGCGACGUCCAUGUUAGUCUGGACAAGGAGAUUGAGAGUGGGAAACCCGGGACGGAGAGAAUCGAGAUCGCCAAGUAGAGGAUGGGUGAUGUGUGGGUGGAUACUGUCUUGGUUCAUAGUUUCUAUACCCUUGGUUGUGGGAUAUUACUGUCAUGUAGCUUUCAAACGUCUUCACUGUGCAGUUGCUUCUUAUUGCAG